AUUCCCAGCAUAGCAAACCUGAAACAAUCUGUGGCUAUGUAACUACCAAGCGCUACUAGCCAUCUUGAGUACGUGGCAACUUGAUUCACUCAUUCCAACGCCAUCGACUUUGACAUCCAAAAAUUUAUCACACCUCAGCUCAUAGCUUUCAAUUCACAUCGCACAGACUGGACAUCUGGCCAACUCUCAAUGAAGCCAGCUCUCGUACAAACACUUGCUCUUUGCGCCAUCCCGGCUGUCUUCGCUGCCGCUACCCCCUUAAGCUCAAUCACCCACCAGAAGCCUAAGUUAUAGCCCAGGUCGAAGACAUGACUGCACCAGAGGGCGCGCUCAAAGUUCCCGGCCACAAUAAUGCUACUUACGGUCCAGUUCCCAAGGCCUCGCAACUGUUUGAGAUUGAAUUUCUCGAGAUUACUCCAUCGCCCGUUCCCACCGACCGAAUCUUCUUCCAGCUCCUCCGGGGCGAGAUCCCUCCAUCCAAGAACAAGGACCCGGCCCAUCUUGACAAGCUGCUCACCAGCGCGACCCUCACCAUAACCCUUUCCGCCAUCCUAUCGAAUGGUGAGCAUGAGGACGAAACGAGCUACACUGUGCCCCUCCGCACCACAGGAUUUAGCCUCGCGGGUCAACUCUCAAUCCGCAAUUCCACGGGCGCGUACGUGGAGCAUCUGAGCAGCAGCGGCCACAACGAUAUCCUAACCGACUGCCAACUUCCGGGUAUGUUUAUACGGACGGGAACGUGGACUUUUAAGGUCGUUGCUGAGCUCGAAGAUGGGACUUGUUUGUUUGCGAUAACACUGACGCAAUGGUUAGAAGGCGGGAUGAAAGACUAAGAG